CCGCCGCCGCCGCCGCCGCGCGACUUGUGUUCGAAAGCACCACUGCCUUCACGUCCACCGCCAUCGACCAAGUGGAAAUAUUCGUACGGGGAUCAGAUGAACGCGCGAUGUGACUGCUUGGAGAUUGGGGUUAAAACGGAAGAAAUGAGUUUAAGGCGCGAUUGAGUGACGAUGGAAAGGGGGCUGCGCUGGCAAAUGACGAGCUACGCUACGUCACUGCUCCUUCUGCUGGCUCUGGCCGAGGCCGGCGCCCCCAAAUGCAAACUGUGGGAAUUCGCAUGCAACAACGGCCGAUGCAUCCCCCUUAAUAGGUUCUGUAACAUCGUUGACGAUUGUGGAGACUCGUCUGACGAACCGAGAUACUGCACACGUUGUAAUCGCACCUAUUUCGGUGAAGCCGGAAAAACGUACGACUUGGAACUACAUCGUCCCAAGGAAGACAAGAUACCCUUCAUCUGUCAUCUGACGUUCACGGCCGGAGGGGGUGAAUUCGGCGACCUCGUCCAGCUGACGUUCGACAGUUUUACGUUGGGUCGCUUUGUGUCUUUCACUUCCGACGGUUGUCCAGACGGUGCCUUACAAAUCACGGAAUCCAGCAGGCCCCAAGUGGGAGGAUCCUGGUGCGGGACGUCGUGGGUCCCCGCAAUCUACUACAGCGAAACGAAAAGCGUCACAAUUUAUGUUAAUCUUAUCCGCCUUGCCAAAGAUCAAAAUGGUUACAAUUUCGAUUUUCGUUUGGAGUACAAGUUCCUCCGGAGAAAACUGGCCACUGUUCGAUACGGAGGAGGUCGGCCAUUCCUGAACACAACAGCACCCACUGCGGAGCCCGAGCCCGAAUACUACUUGGGAGAUUUAAUAACGGGUACAUAUUGUUCCCGAAUUUUCAGCGACUGUGAUAGGAAGCACUGCCGUCUCCAGUCCCCCAAUUUCCCGGGGGUUUACCCGCGCAAUUUAACCUGUUAUUACGCAGUGCGCCAGCACGAAAUUCCACCGGGUAAACAUGCCCUCAUCAUCGUACGACAACUCAAAGGCCAACUAGUUUCCAUUAGAAGUCAAUCCGCUCUUUACGGUACCGCCAGUACUCGCGAACUCAAAGUCUGGGACGACUGCGACGACGUCCAAGACUAUGUCACCGUCUACGAUGGCUACACCACCCGAGAUCCGAUCAUCCUCAAGUUCUGCGGAGGCGGCGAAUCCGUUCCUGAAGCCAUAUCGAGCGGACACGAGCUCCUGGUGGAGUUCUCCACGUCGCCGUAUGGUACUUUCCUGUAUCCUACACCGUCGCAGGCGCUCCACGGGUUCCAACUGGAAGUAGAAGUAAAGUUUGUGGACCAACAAUCGCCGACGUACGUGAAAACAAAACGUCAAUGCGAGUUCUCCCUGAGGGGAACUAACAAAGGGGUUCUCGAGAGUCCUCUACAUUCCUUGCCAGCCAACACCACCUGCCUCUACCACCUCCAAGGCAUCGACACGUCGAUUUCCCCAUCCCCCAUUCCGUUCCGGCCGCUCUCCUCCCGCUUCCCAGACUGGAGACAUGCCGGCAUGAUCCUCCCGCCUCCUCGCUACCGGGUUUGGCUCAGUAUCGUCAAAUUCCACGCCUCUGGCUCAAGGGACCCCCAAAAGCCCGACCAAGAGCUGUGUCGUAGCUAUCUCAACGUAUGGGACGGUCAACUGUGGGCCCCGUCCAACUGCAACGACCUCUUCUGUGGCAGAGAUAAAUCGAAGGGCAUUCCCCGAACGAGUUUAUCUAGCGGCACGACGGGCGGCAAGAAAAAGAACGUGACUUUGUUGGCGCGCUACUGCAGGGAGCACGUGCCUCGGAGCUGUGACCAUUCCCUCUUGGCCAACGGGACCAGAUUUCCCAGGCCGUGCACUCUGGCCGAGAGCUUUCUGACCUCCGGAGACAGCCUCACGUUGGAGCUGCGACUGGCUGACUCGACGGCGCUCAGACCCGUGCAGUUCCGUGCACUGUACGAGUUCGUGGAUUUACAUCUCGACGGCGAACCUUUCGGCCCCGAUGUUUGUUCGAGACGCUUCACCAGCGCCACUCAGGAGUCAUCCCAGAAAUUCAGGUCUCCGAGAGAUAUAUUUCUCUACGGAAGGGGUGGAGCGAAGAACAUAAGUUGCGUGUACCGCUUCGAAGCCCAAAAAGACGAGCGCAUCAAGAUAACGAUAACCCAGAUGACGAUUAAGAACCGCGACUGCAGGACGAAAGUGAGCAAGGACACGGAUCGACUGGAGUGCGUCGGAAACGCGACGGCAGCGGUGCGUCUGUACGAAAUUCCUUGGGCCGACGUACCCGGAGUUCCGAGGGACUGCCUCUGCUCGCUCGACAAGGAUAAACUCAUGCCGUUCACUUACGUCUCUACGUCUAACGUAGUCGAAUUGCGUUUCGACGUGACCGGCAUGAACGCUUCGGACGAUUUUACUACUUUGUCGUUCGAAGGCACGUGGAAGCUGAUACAGACUCCGAUCUGCCCGAGUAAUUUGCGGAUGCACGGGCCCAGCGGAGAAGUGCUCUUGAACUACCCGAACAAAUCACCAAAGGAAACCAACUGCGAGAACAGCCCUCGUGUGAUAAUUCCAUCGCCAAACAAGUAUCUCUACGUGAAGAUCAGCGGGGUGAUAAUGAAACACUCGAGCCGCCUCGGAGACGGCAGCUCCCGGAGCGUCACCCCCGUGAGAUGCGGAACUUCUAAUCGGAUUAAGGUGCACACGGCCCUCUAUUCAGCCCUCAUAUGUCCGUACAGCUCUUCGUCCCGGAACAACCUCGUCGAGGUUUUCUCCGAGGGCUGGAACGUCGGCAAAGUCGACGGUCACUCCAUCGGGAAUCUAGCGCUCGACAAGAUCGAAAUCGACCGUCUAGGCAAAGAGCUGCCGCGAUCCAUCGUCGUCGAGUUCAUCGGGAAGGAAGAAGCGUCCUACUCGGUCAUGUGGCUCGAACUAGGGAGAAGACGGGACGUUCCUCCCAACGGGAUGGGACUGUUCCUGCUCAAGCCCGACGACUGUCAAUACCGCUGCCCGGAGCUGGACGCGUGCAUCAAUGCCACGGUGUGGUGUGACGGCACCGAGGACUGUCCCUCGGGGAUCGACGAGGCUCUCACUCACUGUUCCAUGAUCCUGCAGCUGCCCCCGCUCUACCUCUUCCUGGGGGCCUGCGGGAUCCUCGUUUCGAGCUUCGCCACUUGUUUGGCCGUUUGGAAGACUUGCAGGAGGAGGCCGCGGUCGAUAUUGCAGACGCGCUUGAAGAGUCUUUCCUCAGACACUGCCAUUAUCGACGAAAAGGGAGUGAUUUGCUGACACAGCGACAAUUCUGUGCGUUACGUCGAGGUCGACAGGGUGACGACGGUGUGACGGUCACACUUCGGAAGCGACGUAACGUGCAGAAUUGGUAGUAAACAGACUUUUAUACAUUUCGUAAUUUAGAAACGGACCAAGCAAAUAAGCGAAUUUUUAGCGUUGUGAUUUUGAUAGGCGUACCUGUUAGGGGAUCAGGAGCUUUCAAUUUUUCAUUCGGUUUCGUCAAGAAAGUUAGACACAGAAUGUUCAAAUCCGAAUCGUUCAAAACGGCGAACUUUAAUAUCGUAAACUGGCCACCGAUUAAAGUGUGUCGUAAAAAGGGUUCCAACAAACUCGCAAAGUAAUGGAUUGUAAUAAAGCAAACUCGUGCACUUCCAAACCCGCUCACAAAGAGUCGUCACAUCUUCGGAAACACAUAUUCCAACAAAUGUCUCAAUAUGCAAUAACUUUAAAAAUAAUAUCGCCAACCGGUUAGCCAAUCGAACGCGUUUAUAGCUGGAUUAGCCGAUAUUUCACCGGUUCGUUUUUGCAUAUUUUCCUUUCGAAUGAGUUGUUUCAGGGUGGUUUGUAAUUGAACGGUUUGUUGGUGUUUCGGUUGCUUGGAAAGAGUUCUAUUUUUAUAGGAGUUUGUUAUUUACCCCUUCUUUAUGUGCACGUUUUUGUCGAUAAAAGUUUUCAUUCAUGGACACUUUAAAGAAGCAACGGUUUGACGCUGAACAUUCUAUCGAUUUAUGGAUUUGGGAGUGAAAAUUCUGCGACUUUAACGCGCUUUCGCGGACGAAACGACUUUCGAUUUAAAUUCGAGCAGUGAAUAAUUUUUUAAGAGCAUUCGUUAAAGACACACGUUUUCAAACUUAUUUUGAUAAAAGUUACAGGAACAAGUGUACAUAGUGGCGAGAAAAUCGAUCUGGGGGACUUUUUUCUCGCGUGGCACUGUACGACGAGUACAAUGACUGAUGACACGUUUUGUACAUACUUAGAAGAAUCAAAAAUUAGCGAAUUUCACGAUUUGUUAGGUAAUAAAAGCGCGCUGAAGUUACACCGUGACGAAAUCCUUUAAUUUUUUAUCUCGCGUUGCGUUGCGUGAGUGCCGAGUUUCAUUACGAACGCAUUAAAUUUUCACGGAAUUCACACAAAAACCUGCCAUUGAAUCACAUUGUGAGAGUUCGAUUUGUCGUCGCAUAAAUAUUAAAAGGAGGAAUCUCGAGAUUGCAACCCUUCCGGUGAAACUUGAAAGGAGCCGGGUGGAAACUUCGAUGUAACUCCGGCGGCGCAGAAAUAUUUUCAGCUGAAAAUAAUUACGAAAAUGCAUAUCAAAUAUGCUGACAAUGCUUAAAGUUACACUGCCAUAACUGUGGCGCGAAUAUUUUGUUGGUUUGGUCGAUUCGAGAGACUAGAGUAGAUCGCACAAGCUAACAAAAUCCAUAUCAAAAUUUUUACACCAAUGAUGUCAGUUCGUUUAUCAUUGAGGCCCUUUCUACCGAUUUUGUUGUCUCUUGAAACAUUUACUAAAAUAAAAAAAAUACUAAAAAUUUUAUCCUGUAGCGUUGUUGAGAGUUGAAAUAGACGAGAAGGAUCCUAGUGACAUCGUUUUUCAUUGUACAUAAAUCCCAUAAUAAGAGGAACUUUUGAAUACGUAUAUGGAGCUAUUUUAAGUGGUAGCACAAGUUGGUCAGGUGAACUGACAAUAACGUAGCUGAUUUUAAGUAACAAUAAACCUAGAACGAAAUUUUGUUACAAAGUAAGAAGAGAAUGUUAUAUGAGAGUGUGUUGUGACUGUUAAAAAUCUACAUUAUAGAGAAAUAAACUAUUUUAA